UGCAUUCUCCUUUUCCUUUGGACGGCGGAGUUUACACCAGUAGCUACAUAGACCAUAGCUAAGCCUUCCCUCUCUUUGGGGUUGGAAAACACUUAUGACACGGCAGGUUUGAUAUUAGAGGAGGGUCCCGAGUUCCCAAGAGUCUCGUUCAUACUUGGGGUCUGUCCUCCUCCCUUUCCCCUGACCAUCUGUCUCUAAGCCCGUUGCUAUGGAGAACUCCUCUGUUGCAUCUGCAUCGUCUGAAGCAGGGAGCACACGCUCUCAAGAAAUCGAAGAGCUGGAACGCUUCAUUGACAGCUACGUGCUGGAGUAUCAGGUGCAGGGGCUUCUAGGAGAAAAGGGAGACGAAGACUUGGACUUGGACAAUAGUGGCAACUUGACACAAGUGUGGACCGACGACUGCAACAACCAGAAAGAGUGGACGUCAUCACAUGGUACAGGAUCAUUUAAACCAGAUGAGUGGGAGCACAGCAGUAACGGAAGCACUGGGUCCAGACCAAGCUCAGGCUCUAGACCCGGCUCUGGCUCGCGGUCAGGCAGCAAAAGCAGAAACAACCAGUUCAGAGGCCACUCUAAGAAUGGUAACAUGGAUGGCUUUGACAUCUUGGGUACUGACAUAUGGGCUGCUAACACAAUGGACUCACUUGGCGGUACUGGUUGGGAUGUACAACCAGAGAAGCUGGAUUUUAGCCAUUUCCACAGAAGAACCCCGAGGGGAUCACCAAAGCAUCUGCCACACAUUGAAAGAGAGGGGAUGAAUAAAGAUCAGUGUGACGAGGACGAUGGCAUAGACAUGAAUGAGAUUGAGAGGUUCCUGCCUCAUCUGCGCUCUGUCUUUCCACCACUUCCUAAUGAAGCUGAAAUUGCAAACACCAAAAAGCUUUUUCGACGUAAAAGGAACGAUCGACGACCUACUGAACAGUUGAACCGAGAGCAGUUAACAGUGCUUCUGCCCACUGGUCCUGGGGGAAAACGGCAAGUCUCAACCAGGAGACAGCAGCGACCUCAGGGAGGAGGUGGAGGAGGAGUUGGUAAGAACCAGCCUCAGCAUAUUCAGCAGGCGCCACAGCAUCUGAGAGAUCAGACUCAGCAGCCCUCUCCAAACCACAGACCAAGUGAACUGGGAGACAAUAAAAGCAACUGCAGUGGUCGACCCCCACGCCACGGGCAGCGCCAAGGAGGACACCCACAGCAUGGGUACAGCCAGAACCGGCGCUGGCACCACAAUCAGAGAGGUCAAGAGCACGGACAGACCAAUGCUGUGGGGGAGAAUGACAUUACUCCAAGAACUACCAAAGACAAAGAUACAGAGAAUGUAAAGCAGAGUUUUGGGCCUAAGAAUGCCUCCACCAAGAGUCCUCCCGAGCCAGGCCAACCACAGUCCUUAACUACUAAGAAUCACUGUAUAGACCUGACCAUUAACAAGGAGCCCCCCAGGCCAGCGGGUGGAGAGGACCACGGACAGUUACAGCAGCCCAAAAUCAGCCUGCUGCAGUCCUCCAAAGAGGGGCUGAGGAAGAGGCUAAAGGACAAGGAGGAGGCCUGUGUGGAGUCAGGCUGCAGGGGCCAGAGUGUGGAUCGACUGGUUGAGCUGCUCAACAGUCUGAGGAGCAACAGCAGCGGAGUGGAGCAGCAGCUUGCCUCUUUCAUGGAGGAGGCCCAGAGCUCCGCCCGCUCUGAGGAAAGCCUCUCUCAGGUGGUCAGUGCCAUCUACUCUAAGGCUGUGUCCGACAGGAGCUUUGCUGCCACUGCUGCCAAGUUGUGUGACAGGAUGGCCAUGUUCAUGGUGGAGGGGACCAAAUUUAGAUCUCUGUUACUCAAUAUGCUGGAGAGGGAUUUCUCUAGCCGUGAGCAGCUUCGGCAGACAGACGUGGAGAAGUGGUUAGGGUUCAUUACGUUUUUAUGUGAGGUGUUUGGAGCCAUGAGGAGCAGCUCUGGGCAGCCGUAUAGAGUGCUGGUGUGUCCCAUCUUCACCUGUUUACGAGAGUUGUUGGAUUCCAGAGAAGUGAAGGAAGAUGCAGUCCUCUGCUGCUCAAUGGAGCUCCAGAGCACUGGGCAUCUUCUGGAGGAGCAGCUCCCGGAGAUGAUGACAGAGCUUUUAGCAGCCGUACGGGACAAGAUGUUGUGUCCGUCCGAGUCCUCGCUCACCCGCUCUCUCCUAAUGGAAGUCAUUGAGCUGCACGCGCACCGCUGGAGCCCCCUGGAGACUCUGACCACCCAGUACUACAACCGGACCAUUCAAAAGCUUACCACUACAGCUUAGGUGCCUACCAACGGAGAGGAGACAACCCUACAUAAGCAAAAACAUUUACAACAGCUUUCUUCUCUUUAUUUACUUUAUUUUCACUUUGUACAGAACACAGAUUUAAAUUAUUUCCACAAAAAAGGCCAGAGAACUGAAAGAGCAAUGCUGCAGUUUUAGGUUUUUGAAUGACAGACCGCCAGUAGAGGCGUGCUUCUCAAUCUUUGGAUAGGCAGCCUGGUGAGGGGUAGUGUUGUGGCUGCAGAGUUAAGAGGGACCAGAAGAGAGGGGGUUUCUGUCCAUAGGGAAUAGAGAAAUCCUUCCCGAAGAUGAAUGAAGUGGAGUGAGUCAGGCGCUGUCCUUCAUUGUGUUCACUGUGAGCGUCCAGCCUCUGGGGUCCGCGUGGCUGAUCAAAUUGAGGAGGGGCCGCAGCAAACACGAUGCUGUCUGUCUGGGCUGUCUGCCCCACCGGGCCAUGGCCCAGGUCAAAGGGCUCCUGCCUGUCUUUGUCUGCCCAGCCCUCCCCCAAGCAUACUCCCAGCAGGAUGUCUUCUUUGUGGGGCUGCAGCAGUGCGCCUGCUGGGCCUGUGGGCCGGGCUGGGCCAGUAUCAGACUGGGCUGGCUUCAGUACAGCAGCAGAUGGCUGCCUGAGCCCCAGUGAGACGACACACUCCGAACACACUCCCUUUGGCUCAGUGCUGUGGGGGGCGGGGGUUGUAUUAGGGGAGCAUUAAAGCAGACACAGCUCUGUUAAGUCUUUGUUUUUGUCCUGCAGGGGAAUGUUUCCUCUCCACUGUGAUGCCAUGCAUGUCCAAGCUUUUUAAUCAUAUUGAUAUGUUUAAAUCAAUUAUUUGUAUUAAUGCUCAUUUACUUUCACAUUGUUUUUCAUAAUUGUUUGUACAAGAUAUUUUACCGUUAGUCUUAAUUGCACAGGUUUGUCGUUAGGGAUUUACUCUUGCAGAUGAGUGGUUGUGACAACUCUUUAGGUUAUUUUAAUGAACUAGUGGCCUUGAUAGCUUGGUAGCUUUUUAAUUUCGGCCUACAGGCCUGUCUCAGAAGAGGGCAUGCUCAUGACUCGUGGAAAAAAAAAUCUGUUCAAUUGCACCAAAAAGUGCAUGGCACAUGAGAGUCAUGGAGAAGUGUUUGUUUCCUACUCAAGCCAUUUUGCAGUGGACAUUUUGCAAGUGUUAAAUAUUGAGUGUUUUUUUUUUGUUUUUGUUUUUGUUUUUGUUUUUUUUGGGGGGGGGGGUUUGAGAAAAUUGAAUUAACCUGUGUAAACUUGUUUAAUGACCUCAUUAAUUAAUCAUAUGUGACUGUUUUCCAACUUAAAGUGUGUAAUAAUUGAUUUAAAACAGUCAUGCCAUUUGUAAAUGGGCUAGAAGUGUAAUCCAUUGCUCAGUAUUUAUAACAUUAAGUGAAGUAGGGUUGCAAAACUAUGGGGUUGUGUUUUACAUAGGAACAGGAUUGUGGAUUCUUGGAUAGAUGUUUGGCAGUCAUUACAUCUGUCAUAAUGCAUUCACACAUGCACACCAAGUUCCCCAUUGACUCUUGUUGGGGUUAUUUUUAAUUGUUUUGUUAUAUUCUCUGUCUUGCAUCAAGAAUUGAGAACUUGUGUGAUAGGGGGAUAACCCAGAACACUAGAGUAGAGAAGUAAGAUUCUUGAAUGGUAUGGUAUGUGCAGGGCUUAAUCUGUAACUGUUCAAGAACAUCUUUGACUUAUUUUAUUUCCAUAUUUUAUUAGGUUUCUAUUUAAGUUAUAAAUGCUUUUUAUAUAAAUCUAUUAUAUUUUUCUCUUUCUUGUGGCAUCUGUAAAAUCUGCAUUGCUAGCAAGUAUGCUAUUAACAUAGUAGAAGCCUAUUGGUCAGUUUGCAUUAUGCAAAGAGUGGUUGGCUCAUACACCAGAUGGGGCAGAUGGAACAUGCCCCCCCAUCUGUGGUACAGAGUCUCUCCACCCCACGUGCCCUUAGACCCUUCUGUUUGGGUCACUCAUUCUACGAUUGUAUGAGAUGCACCUUUAUUUACAUAUUCUCAUGAAUAUUGGAGAAAUGGGGCUCCUGUGUUCGGAAAGCUGGAAUAGUACAAUAGUGGGUCAUCGUGAGCUCUUGUCUGUUGUUUUUUAAGCAACUGAAAAAUAAACUAACAGGAAAAGAAAA